AUGAUCAAGGUCAAAGUUGAGAACCAGCAUGACUUCAGGGACAUGGCCAGCAUCGUAGCCAUGGCAAAAACCUACGCCACCAGCGAGCCCUUCAUCGACUCCAAGUAUGACAUCCGAAUCCAGAAAAUUGGCAACAACUACAAGGCUUACAUGAGGACGUCCAUCUCUGGGAACUGGAAGGCAAACACGGGUUCUGCGAUGUUGGAGCAGAUUGCAAUGACAGAGAGGUACAGACUGUGGGCAGACGCCUGCGCAGAGAUGUUUGGAGGUCUCGAUAUCUGCGCUGUCAAAGCUGUGCACAGCAAAGAUGGAAAGGACUACAUCAUCGAGGUGAUGGACAGCUCCAUGCCCCUGAUCGGGGAGCACGUGGAGGAGGACAGACAGCUCAUUGCAGAUCUGGUUGUUUCCAAAAUGACCCAGCUGGUGCUCACUGCUGGAUCCAGCCCGUCCCCACUGCGGCCCUGGCCUCCACAAGUUCAGCCUGUGUCAAUGAAAUGUCACACUGGAGCUCAGCUUGGACAGCUGUCACAACCACGGCCUCCUCCCCAAG